GUUAAUGUUAUUCUUAUUGUGUUACUUAUUUAUUACAACUUUUUAUUUUUAGCCUACUCGGUAAAUAUUUUCUUCUUGAACUGCACUGUUCGUUAAGGGCUUGUAAGUAAGCAUUUCACGGUAAAGUCUACACUUGUAUUCGGCGCAUGUGGAAAAUAAAGUUUGUUUGGAUGCUGGGUUGCCACGGAAAGUGUUACUUUGUCCAUGCCAAUCAGGAAUGAGUCAGUCAUGACACUCACUCCCCCCAAUGGCAAUUAGUGAAAGUGUGCACUCAUAAUUUAGCCGGACCAAGAGGUUAGGACUUGCAGAUUAACAUGUUGGGAAAAAUAUAAUAAUGUCACUACUCGCUACCUCCUAAACCUCUAGGUUUAUAAAUUGACAAAUUUGCCAAACAGGUGACGUGAGUUAUUCAGCCUUUCUUGAAGAAGUGCUGCACAUGGUCCGAAACGGGAGUGGAAAGAGAGAGCCACUGUUAUUGGGUAUGGCAAUGGCUGAGGUUUGAUGGAUUCAAAAGUGGGAGGACAGAAGGACACUGGGAGGGCGGCAGAGGUCUUUUUUCAGGCCUUAUGUCUAUAUGUGUGUAUGCGUGCCAGCACAAGUGUGUGUGUCUUUGUACGCAUAUGUGUGGCCAUCGCACGGUGUGGCCUUUUUCCAGCACUGAUGAAUUGUUGUCACUAGCAGCCAGUAGAUGAUCACCCCACUGUAAAGCUUCACCAUUUAUCUGCCACAGCACGCAGACAGCAAUUGAAUCACAUGGUCGAUCACUAAGGUUACAGACUUGAAAUAUACAUUUUCCCCUGGAUGGAAGAGUGAAUUAGGCCCCGGAUGGAAGAGUGAAUUAGGUCCCGGAUGGAAGAGUGAAUUAGGCCCCCCUAUUGCCAACAGAUGCACAAUAUAUCCCAAACACAUGUCUGCUUCUUGCUAGCAGGCAUAGGAAAUCUGUGGAACGACAGGGAAGCAAUGUUCCGUGUGCAUACUUUAUUUCAAAUAGUGAUGCUGUUAACUUAAUCUGUCUGUAAUACAACCAUUAUAGAACUCUACAACAGGUUCCCAUGGAUUCCUGUUUGGAUGAAUUCAAUCACUAAGACACAUUUACUGAGUGAAACAAAAACGUCCAUACCGUAUUCAUCAAAGGGUAUGUGUAAUGCAUUUGGGUGGCAGUAACCUAGAGGUUAGAGAGGCGGACCUUGAGCAAAGCACUUUGUAGAAAAAGCCCAUGGAGUUGGUGGAAUAAUCCUUUAAUUCAUGGCCACUUACUCAGCUGGGCCAGGGGCGCUUUAAUUAGGUCAGGUGGCAAUGACCGACAGAUCUCAUCCACAUAAAAGGAGGAAAACGCCAUCGCCUGAUCUCGCUGCUUUCUCUUCCUUAACUCCGUCUGCUCCAGAAGUUUUGUGCGUCCAUGAAUCCACGUAAGUCCACCGACUCUGUUACCUUUCAUCUGAACUAUCUGUUGCGAUCGGGAGAGUGGGCCAUCAGUUAUUGUUUACAGUUAUUAUCGCGGAGCGCGUGUAAUGUGAAUUGUCAAUGAUCGCGGCCCUACGGAUCCUCAUAGGCCAAUUAUGCAAUCGAUAUGGUUAAUAUGUAAUUAAAUUAAUUACAUAUACACAUGAAGACAAUUGAAAGGGUCACAUGAGAAACGUCAUUGUUUGCUAACUGAUCGACUUUGAUAUCAGACUAAAGGGGAUUAUAGAUUGAAUGACCAUUCACUGUUUGUAUUCUAUCAUGAUUUAUGAUAAAUAGUUAAGAGCCUAAAUGACUCACGAGUGAUUACUAUUGACUUCUAAAUGAACUGGAUUGUUGAAUUCCCUAAUUAUGUUAAUAAUGACUGAUUGUUAUGAUUUGAUCUUUGUGAUUAUGAAUUUGAUUGGAUACAUGUUAUUUUGUUUCCUUUUAUGCAGCACAGACUACUUAGUAAAUAUACCACUUUAUGGUUAAAGGAAUUCCUGCCUCAGUCUCAUCCAUUCUUGUCACCUGACACGUGACCACCUGUUCACCUUCACUGUCAGUCAUCCUACCUGUCCAGCUACCUACACAGAUUCCACUAAUCUUUCAACUUAAUUGCACACAAGACCCAGGCAACACAAAAAUAGGAAUGGAACUGAAUUGGCAGCUGGAAGGCUGCUCCUCUCUAAUUCCAUGUAUCAUUUCCUGCCGUUGUGCCCUUGAGUAAGGCACGUUUUGCAUACAAUUGCUCUCCAUCUAGGGAUGCUGCACUGCUGCUGACCGCCUCUCAACGUAUGCGUGUUUUGGGAAAGGCAGAAGGCAAAAUUCCGAUCUAACCAAUAGACAGUCCUAUUCUAUUAGGAAUAUAUAAUAUAACAUUUUUAUGAAUGCUUAUAGCAAAUGUUAUUAAUAGGUAAUAGGAGGCACCAUAAACUCAUUACGCCACGGUAGUUCAUGAACUAUUAUAUGUUUUUUCAGUCCCAUCUUAGCUUUUUCAAACAGGAAAUCUGACAUACUGCCAUUGAAACAGGCUGCGUGGGUCUCCCAUCAGGGGCUGGGUUCGGCAGAGAUGGAAAAAGGCAGAGAUGGAAACAGGCAGAUGAGACUAGCCUGUGAUUAAUCCUACACUGACGCCUCUUUCUCUCUCUCUUUCUAUCUGAUCGUCACCUCCCCAGCCCAUUUGCCUUGAUGGGGUUGUGGACGCCCACUCUCUGCCAUCGUGAUUAGUGGCGAGAGAGCGUGCGCGCACACACAGCAGCCCUGAGAAGGCUCCUUUAGCCUGUCACAAUGACAGGCCCACGCCACCUUGUAGGCAGCCCAUCAACAUGUCUUGGGAGAAGGAAAAUGAGAUAUAACACUGUGUUGAUAGAUGUGUGUGUUCGUUAAAUUGUGUGGAUGUGUGUGUGGUGGUUGGGUGGCCAACAUGUUUAACUUUUUACUUAGUUAGCUAAAAUAUAUUCGGUGUGUCUUUCUCAAUUAUCGUUGGCCAUUCCCAGUUGGAUCACUUUGAGAUGUGUUGCUGUUUAAAAAUCUUUUGUCUUCUUUUGUGCUACAUAUACCCAAUUGCUGUUGUUGAAGACCAACUCCAUGGAUUGUGUUAUUGUAGCUGGUAGGAACACAACUAAUGAGGAACUAGAGAGCAUGCUGGGGAGUGACAAUCCUGCCAUCUUCACUUCAAGGAUCAUCAUGGACUCCAACAUCACCCAGCAGGCCAUGAAUGAGAUUGAGACGAGACACACUGAGAUCUUCAAGCUGGAGAACAGCAUCAGAGAACUUCAUGACAUGUUCAUGGAUAUGGUCAUGCUGGUGGAGAGCCAGGGGGAGAUAAUAGAUCGUAUAGAGUACAAUGUGGAGCACUCAGUGGACUAUGUAGAGAGUGCUGUGUCUGACACCAAGAAGGCAGUGAAGUACCAGAGUAAAGCAAGGAGGUUUCCUGAGGUUAUUUCUCUCAACGUGGGCGGGACCUACUUCACCACCCGCCUGUCCACUUUACGGCGCUAUGAGGACACCAUGCUCGCCGCCAUGUUUAGUGGACGCCAUCACAUUCCACGUGAUGCUGAAGGUCGCUUCUUCAUUGACCGGGAUGGGGCAUAUUUUGGGGACAUCCUGAACUUCCUGCGCGAGGGUGAACUACCUCAGAGGGAUCGUGUGAGGGCGGUACACAGGGAGGCCCAGUACUAUGCUAUUGGUCCCCUGUUGGACAGCCUGGAGGACACUCAGCCACUCACAGGAGAGAAAGUCCGCCAGGCCUUCCUCGACCUCCUGCCCUACUACAAGGAUAAUCUGGAGCGCAUCGUGGAGAUUGCCAAACUGCGGGCCAUGCAGAGGAAGGCGCGCUUUGCCAAGCUGAAGAUUUGCGUGUACAAGGAGGAGAUGCCCAUCACACCGUAUGAGCGGCCGCUCUUCAAUUCAUUGCGCUUCGAGCGCACGGAGAGUGAGGCCAAGCUGUUCGAGCACCACUGUGAGGUGGACGUGUCGUUCGGGCCCUGGGAGGCGGUGGCAGACGUUUACGACCUGCUCCACUGCAUCGUUAGUGACCUGGCGGAGCGUGGCAUCACCGCCGACCAGCAAUGCAUCGGUGUCUGUGACAAACACCUCAUCAACCACUACUACUGCAAGAGGCCCAUCUACGAGUUCAAGAUCACAUGGUGGUAAAACAGGAGGACAAAAGAUCUUGCUGUCUGAGUUGUGAGGACUCCUGUCGUGAUAUGGCCAACUGAUCUCCUUCCUGGUCCCUCAGGAUGAGAGAGGAUAGGGGUAGUCAGUGUUAUUCUCCCUUUUCAAGAACUGAAACCUAUGAAGUGCUGAGUUUAUAGAAAGGAGGGAGUCUGGCUUUUGUGCUUCUGUUUCCUAACUCAAUAGUUUUGACCAAUAGUUCCUUUGUGUUACAUUUUUUUAACAGUAUUUACCUAGGGUCUCAUUGGCGGCUUCUUAUUUUUUACUUGUUAAACUCUGGGAGUUUUUGUUCUCAUCCAACCUUGUAGAUCGGCCAAGGUUUUUCAGAAAAGGAUCACGUUAAUCUCAUAUUGUGAUUCCAGUUUUGUCUGUCCCUUUGUCUUCAUUCCUACUUAUGCUGUUAUGCAUUCUAUGUUGUGCGUUUCUGUGGUAACCACUUUGUUGGUCGCGAGAGAAACUGGAUGCAAUUAAGCAAGCUGGGAAAAUAUUGUUAAAGUACUGUAUAUAGCAACAUGUAAAUGUCUAUUUUGUUACUGAUGCUGGUCUUUGAUUUAUACAUGAUAUUUUCUGUCACUUACUCUCCAGUAAAGAUUUAGAAGUCCUAGAUUAGAGACACCAGUAAGUGUCGAUUUUUUUUUUGCUAAACAGUCUGUGAUCAGCAUGGCUUUGGAAAGUCAUUCUCUUUUUACCAUUACAGUUUUAGAGACCCAAAGGAAAUUAGAGUUGAAAAUCAAAUAGAUUAAAGGGGCAUGGUCAAAGUUAUUUUACUUCAGUUUCCUCUUGAUGGAUCCCAUAUGUUCUUUUAACUGGAAAUGUUUAUCUGGCAGUUGAAAAUGGUCCAUGUGCUUCCUGUAAGUAAGAUUUUACUGGCCCAGAAUUUCUCUCUGAAGGGGUUUCUAUAGAUGAAGGAACAUUUUUAAUGUGCUGCUAAAAGUAAUUUACACUUAAAGCUAAGAACAUGACAUAUAUACUACAUGGCCAAAAGUAUGUGGAGACACCUUCAAAUUAGUGGAUUCUGCCAUUUCAGCCACACCCGUUGCUGACAGGUGUAUAAGGUCAUGCACACAGACAUGCAAUCGCUAUAGACCAACAUUGGCAGUAGAAUGGCACGUACUGAAGAGCUCAGUGACUUUCAACGUAACCAUCAUAGGAUGCCACAUUUCCAAUAAGUCACUUAGUUUUUUUAUUUGUUUUUUAUCCCCUUUUCUCCCCAAUUUUCGUGGUAUCCAAUUGCUAGUAAUUACUAUCUUGUCUCAUCGCUACAACUCCCGUAUGGGUUCGGGAGAGACGAAGGUCGAAAGCCACGCGUCCUCCGAAGCACAACCCAACCAAGCCGUACUGCUUCUUAACACAGCGCGCCUCCAACCCGGAAGCCAGCCGCACCAAUGUGUCGGAGGAAACACCGUGCACCUGGCCCCCUUGGUUAGCGCGCACUGCGCCCGGCUCGCCACAGGAGUCGCUGGAGCGCGAUGAGACAAGGAUAUCCCUACCGGCCAAACCCUCCCUAACCCGGACGACGCUAGCCCAAUUGUGCGUCGCCCCACGGACCUCCCGGUCGCGGCCGGCUGCGACAGAGCCUGGGCGAGAACCCAGAGACUCUGGUGGCGCAGCUAGCACUGCGAUGCAGUGCCCUAGACCACUGCGCCACCCGGGAAGCCCCAAUAAGUCACUUUGUCAAAUUUCUGCCCUGCUAGGGCUGCCCCGGUCAACUGUAAGUGCUGUUAUUGUGAAGUGGAAACAAGUGGUAGGCCACACAAGCUCAUAGAACGGGACCACCAAAUGCUGAAGCGUGUAAAAAUCGUCUGUCCUCAGUUGCAACACUCGCUACCGAGUUCCAACCUGCCUCUGGACGCAACGUGAGCACAAGAACUGUUCGUUAGGAGCUUCAUGAAAUGGAUUUCCAUGGCUGAGUUGCCAAACACAAACCUAAGAUCAUCACCAUGUGAAAUGCCAAGCGUUGGCUGGAGUGAUGUAAAGCUCGCCACCAUUGGACUCUGGAGCAGUGGAAACGUGUUCUCUGGAGGAAUGAAUCACAUUUCACCAUCUGGCAGUCCGAAGGACGAAUAUGGGUUUGGCGGAUCACAGGAGAACGCUACCUGCCGCAAUGCAUAGUGUCAACUGUAAAGUUUGGUGGAGGAGGAUUAAUGGUCUGUGGCUGUUUUUCAUGGUUCGGGCUAAGCCCCUUAGUUCCAGUGAAGGGGAAAUGUUAAUGUAUAGCGUACAAUGACAUUCUAGAAAAUGCUGUGUUUCCAACUUUGUGGCAACAGUUUGGGGACUGCCCUUUCCUGUUUCAGCAUGACAAUGCCCCCGUGUACAAAGCAAGGUCUAUACAGAAAGGGUUUGUCGAGAUCGGUGUGGAAGAACUUGGCCUACACAGAGCCCUGACCUCAACCCUAUCGAACACUUUUGGGAUGAAUUGGAAUGCCGACAUUGAGCCAGGCCUAUUCGCCCAACAUCAGUGCCCGUCCUCACUAAUCCUCUUGUGGCUGAAUGAAAGCAAGUCCCCGCCUAUAUAGUACUCAAAAGUUCCGAACUCUCAUUGGUUUGAAUGGUAUCAGCAAUUUUUAUCUUGUAUUCUUUCGAAAUUAACAACAUGAAUUGUGGUAUUUUAAAUACCAAUUAUCUCAAUCAUGUUUUUGCAGAUAAAACCUUAUAGUCCCAAGCUCUCGAGUUGACAAUUCAGCAGAUUUUUGAUGAUACUGUAUAUUUGCCAUUAUAUUGACAUAUGCUUCAACAAUUCCAUCUUCUUUUGCAGCAUGACAUAGAUUAGUCAUACAAGUUUCAUAUGAUAAUUUUAUAUGACAUGGUAUUUCUACUGAUUUAAAUAAAUUCAGCUUAAGUGCCUUUUCCUAAGGGCAACUGUUUCACUUACAUGGAGCUUAAAUCAGGAAACCACACAAUAUUUUUUUUUUCUAAUCAAGGACAACUGCAGUGACACUAUUGUCACCCCCCCCAUGGGUUAGUUCUGUUUUCUUUCUUGUUCCCUGUAUUGUUUAGUUAAUUAAUAUUAGAUUUAUACAGAUGUCAGAUUGAUAUGUCCAUUCAAUUACAUUUUCAUAGAGUAGACUACAAGUUCUUGUUUUAGAGGGCUCAGGAUCAAAAUUAUUAUGUGCAAUGUUUGUAAAUCCAUGACUUGGUUUGCAGAAUGAAAUACAGUAUUGUAGUGUUGUAAAUGUAUGUCCAGCUUGGUUCUUCUGGGAAUAGGACAAUUUAAUGCUUUAUAACAGAACAGACAACACAUUACUGUAUGUCCAAACAACUUGGUUGUUCCGGGAUAGGCCUAUUAAUGCUUUAUAACAGACCAAACAAUACAGUGUUUAUUACUGGGUGUCAGUCAGGUGGAUCAAGGUGGAUAGUAUUUUUUUACUUGUUUUGUGCUAUUGAUGUCAUGUUACACAGGUCUCUAAGUUUGGCUUGGAUAAUGUGACUUUAUUUUCCCUCUGUUUAACUCUAUGAUACUAGGCUGAGUGAUUGACAACAAGUGUUAAGAGUUGCCACUUUCUUACUGUUGGGUGUCAAUUGAUUGGAUUUUGUCAAUUUUUAUGAAGCCUGUCAGAGAUAGAGCCUUUAAUCGUUUAAAAUAGAAUUGCAGGGAUGGUUUGAGGGUUAGAAUACAAUUGUAUUUAUUUCAGUAUUUUAGGCAACUUAGACUUGAGGAACAUUCCUUGCACCUUAUUUAAGUUUCUCCCUUGGCUGGUGAAUGUCUUUUGCAGAUUCCAUAGCUGGCCCAUGUCUAGGCUGCUCAUGGGAAAGUUGGAAAAACAAUGCACAGCUUGACCAGUGGCCUAAUUUUUCAAGAAUAAUAUCUUGCUUUAACUUACAUAUUGCAUUUGUUGUAAGGGUAUGCUCUAUUGUGCUAAUAGUAAGUAAUAUUUUUUUGUUUUUAUAACAAGGUACAAAUACAGUUUGCCUUAGUCUGUAUAGAAUGA